AUCGGCCCUGUAGCACUGGCCCACUACACCAUGGGCUGACAUGCACACACAUUCCACAGCAAGACAACCUCUCUCAAGGUUUGGGUCACAGUGGCAGGGCUCCUUGCCACUCUGGUCACCUGCACAGAGCCAUUCUGGAAGUUGGCUGGGUCGGCUGGGGACCCAGACUGGGUAAAGGAUGGGGGUCCUGUCCAUCACAUGGCUGGGCUGGUCAUGCCAGUCCUCCACCAUCUCCUAGGCUUGUUUUCCAUCCCACAACCUGCCAAAAUCUGAAGCAUAGCCACAUCUCUGCCCUGCCCAGGAAGUCCUGGGGCAAUGUCGGCAUCAUUAAAUGCUUACAGAAGUUGAUGUGCCUCUUGCAUAGGUCAGGUGGAAGCAGGAGGUGUGGCAGGGUGGUGAAGGAAACCUGUAGAUCAUGUCAGGAAGAAACACAUCUUGUGACGCCUUGACCGCCCACUUGAAGCACAGGGACAGUCAUCCCCAAACUGAGCAGCACCAGGCAGCCUCACUUCAGAGACACACCCGGCUCUGCAACUCCCAGCCACAGCUUCUCCGGUACCCCUGCCACCAGCACCCCGUGGGACAUGGCUGCCCAGAGAGUAGCCAUCAUCGGUGCCGGUGCCUCUGGCCUGUGUGCCCUGAAAUGCUGUCUGGAGGAGGGGCUGGAGCCCACCUGCUUUGAGAGGAGCAAGGACAUCGGGGGGCUGUGGCGCUUUGAGGAGCGCCCCGAGGACGGCCGUGCCAGCAUCUACCGCUCCGUCAUCAUCAACACCUCCAAGGAGAUGAUGUGCUUCAGCGACUUCCCCAUCCCUGAGGACUUCCCCAACUACAUGCACAACUCCAAGAUCAUGGAGUAUUUCCGCAUGUACGCCCAGCACUUCGACCUGCUCCGCCACAUCCGCUUCAGGACCAGCGUGUGCCGCGUGUCCAAGCGUCCCGACUUCGCCAGCAGCGGCCAGUGGGAGGUGGUGACGGAGAGCCAGGGGAAGCAGGAGGCGGCCGUCUUUGACGCCGUGCUGGUGUGCAGUGGGCACCACACCGACGCACAUCUCCCUCUCAGUUCCUUCCCAGGGCUGGAAAAGUUUGAGGGCUGCUAUCUGCACAGCCGGGACUACAAGAGCCCUCAGCCCUUCAUGGAAAAACAGGUGGUCGUGGUUGGCGUUGGGAAUUCAGGCAUCGAUAUUGCAGUGGAGCUGAGCCACACAGCCAAGCAGGUUUUCCUCAGCACCAGGCACGGGUCCUGGGUGCUGCACCGGGUAGCAGAGAGCGGAUACCCCUUUGAUUUCUGCUACAUCAGCCGCUUCACGCAGCUCCUCCAGAACCUGCUGCCCCCGAGUAUCAUCAGUUUCUUCCUGGAGCGGAAGCUGAACGCCCGCUUUGACCACAGUCUCUAUGGCCUAAAGCCCAAGCACCGGGUCCUUCACCAGCACCUGACCAUCAACGAUGACCUGCCCAACCGCAUCAUUUCGGGCCGGGUGCGGGUGAAGCCGAACAUCCAGGAGUUCACGGAGACAUCUGCCAUCUUUGAGGAUGGCACCAGGGAAGACGUCGAUGCCGUAGUUUUUGCCACGGGAUACAGCUUCUCCUUCCCGUUCCUCGAGGGCUUCAAGGUGGUGGAGAACCAGAUUCCCCUCUACAAAUUCAUGUUCCCCCCUGACCUGGAGAAGCCGACGCUGGCUUUCAUUGGCUUCAUCCAGCCCCUGGGUGCCAUCAUGCCCAUCUCCGAGCUCCAGUGUCGCUGGGCCACCCGUGUCUUCAAAGGGCUGCAGGGCCUGCCGCCACCCACCGACAUGCUGGCUGAAAUCACACAAACCAAGCAGAGAAUGGCUGAGCGGUACGUGAAGAGCCAGCGCCACACCAUCCAGGUGGAUUACAUCCCUUACAUGGAUGAGCUCGCCUGCCAGCUGGGAGUCAAGCCCAACCUGCUCACCCUGUUCCUCACAGACCCCAAGCUGGCGAUGGAGGUGGCCUUUGGGCCCUGCACGCCGUACCAGUACCGGCUGCGGGGCCCGGGCGCGUGGCCGGGGGCCAGGGGGGCCAUCCUCACCCAGCAGCAGCGCGUGGUCAGGGCCCUGCAGCCCCGGGCCAGCGGCCACCCUGCCUGCUCCAGCGCCGUGCCCCACGUCCUCACGGUGCUCUUCAGCAUCGGCAUGAUCGCGGCCACCCUCGUCUACGUCUCGCUCUCUCCUUAAGGGCAGGAGACAGCCCUUCCUGCUGGUAAUCUUCUCUUUUUCCUCUGGGAUUGUUAUAAAUAACUGUGUAGCUGUUGGGUUUUGUUGUUAUGUAUUGGUUUUUGCAAGUUGUUAUUGAUCGUAAUGAUUUUGGUAUAGUAUAGCUUGUAAUUAACUGCUUUAAUAUGUUAUAAUUGGUUAGUUUUAGUGGCCAAUGCCCUGGCCACGUGUAGAUAAAUGUAUAUUAUAGUUUAGGCUUUCGCAAAAUAGUAAAAUAGAGACUACGUGUUGUGCAUUGUAAUGUUAACUUUUGAAGAAGUAGCUAAUGCCUUUAUUUGUGUAAGUGACAAUGGUGAGAAUAGCUCAACGUUGUGAACUAGCUAAGGUUGAUUUAAUGUACUUAUAGAGUAUCUUAUCCGUAUGAUAACACUGAAAAAAACCCAGGUAAAUAAACAUCAAAAGAAGGAAUGCAAGGAGGAAUUUACUAACUCUUCGGUUACCAAGAACUGUCAA